AUGCAUACAAAUAAAUCCAAUUGGAUGUGUUUUGUGCGACCAGCAAAAACAAAACAAGAACAGAACAUGAUUGUUGACCAAAUCGGAGAUUAUCUUUAUUUUACAACUACAAGAGCCAUUUACCAACGAGAAGAGUUACUCGUUGGAUACAGCACAUUUUAUGCACAUAAACGAGGCCUACAAGUAUUGCCGGCAGUAAUCAAUCAUGCCAUUUCUCCUCCUGUUGCACGAAAAACGUUUAAAUCGUUGAAAAUAUCGCAGGAGUUGAACAAACCGUCUGAACAUUUUAGAAAUCAUUUAUCGGGCAAAGGAAAAAUGAUGAGAACAUCAUCAACGACUUGCAAGCAUAUGACAUUAAAAAGGAAAUUUUCCAAUCGAUUUGGUAAAAAUAAUGCACAAUGUAAUCUUUGCGUCAAUGCACAGAAUAACUCUAAAAACACCUAUAGAAUGAAAUUAAGAGCAAACAAUAGCAUCAAAAAUAUUUGGCUGUGUGUGGCCUGUGAUUUGAAAUUCUCAAAACGCGAAACUAUUUUAAUACACAUCAAAUUGCACGAAGACGAGUUUGAUGUCGAACAAGUCACGUUAACGGAUACCACUUGUCCGGAAUGUAAUUCUGAAUUUCAUCAAACCGAAGAACUAAUUAAACACGUUUACGUGCACAGUUUCACGGAUAACCGAAUGGGCUUAGGUGGCACCUUUUACAACUGUUAUCAGUGUGAGAGGAGAUACAGGAAUGCCAUUCAUCUAAGGUCUCAUCAAGCAAAACACAAGGAAAAUGAACUCAAGCCGUACAAAUGUAACAUGUGCGAUAAGCGUUUUUUGAACACUGUCGUCUUAACGUGUCACGUGCGCACCCACUUUGAGGGUGUAAUUUACGACUGUCCCAUGUGUCGUUUGACGUUUGUCGAUUUGAAAUCAUUAAAGGGACACGUACAUUCCCACGCGGUGAACAACAUCUUCUAUUGCCCGAUGUGCCCACUCCAAUUCAAUACUUAUAAGUUGAUCAGAAAGCACAUCCGAGCCCGGCAUCAUGGCAUUGAGUUUGAUUGCGAGUAUUGCAAUAACUCGUUUAGUAGUCGUUUCAAUCUCAAUGUACACAUGCUCAGUCAUUCGGACCAAAGAGAUUUUUUGUGCACCAUGUGUGGUAAACAGUACAAGAGGAAAGACAAACUGAAGAUACAUAUGAAUAAAGUUCAUUAUUCCAUAAAAAAGCCAUCUAAAACUCAGUUAAAAUUAGAAGCUAGAGCGGAAAAAAAAGCACAACAAAUUCAAUUGAAAACAACGAAAAUAAUGUUGGAGUACGAAAGUUCUGAGUUCAAGUGUGAUAAAUGUUUGGUGGGUUUCAAAAGAAGAGGCGUUUACGUCAAUCAUUUGGCACUGAGACAUCCCGAAAUAAGUCUUGACUCUGUGCCGUCGCUCAACCAACCCGUCAUGCCCAAAGCCAAAAUGUACAUGUGUUUGUACUGUGAUAAAAUUUACAAGACUAACGCUAAGCGGAAAUCGCACAUACUUAAAAACCAUCCGGAUUGCGAACUACCCGAAAAACCGACUGAUAAAACGGUUACCAUAGAUGACAACCAGCCCGGUCAAAUGGAUAGUGUUGCUACUGUGUCGUCUCAGGCGCACAGUUGCCAGUGGUGUUACAAACAAUACGUGCUAAAACAUAAACUCAUAAGACACCAACGGGCACAUCACUACCACUUGUUGCCUCCGUCCCUUCAAGAACCAAAACCAUCGAAAAAGCUCGGACAUAAAGUAAAAAAAAUAGUACAACCCCCUCAAACGGUUAAUAUUCAAUUUACCGAUACAGACGGUUUCGAAUUAACGGCCACCGACAUACAGCUGGACAAUCCAAUCGAACCAGGCAGCAUAAUAGCCAUCAAACGGCCCAUAAAAAACAAUUCCGAGUACAUGACUCAGGCCAUGCGAGACUUGGGCUUGAGCGCGGCCGACGACGGUCUAAACGAGGAGCAGUACUACCGGAUAUUGGACACGCAGGGCGACGUGGCUUACGCGCAGGCCAUCGAUCCGCCGGUCACCUUACUCACGUUCGACGGCCAGACCAUUCAACAGGUGCUGUCUUCUUGCGUGCCCGAUGAGUUACCGGUUGUUGACGGCCGCGCGACAAUGACGACGACGGCGACCGGAGGCAACUGUACGACGACGACUGAUGGUCUUCAGUAG